UCUUGCGAAAUCUAGCGGGCCCUCCCUCUUUCUCUCUUGCCUUCUUAAGCCAAGCAAAGCCUGGAGCCUCAUUGCUCAGCUAGAAACUCUGCGACGCUUUUUUUCCCCGAGGGCCUGGCUGGCGAGCACCUGCGGCUGCUGUGCUGGGACUCGGCCUGGAGGAGUCUCUUCUUUCCGCAGUAAUGGAGAAAACAUAUACAAAUGCCCUUCCUCUCACUAGGACUUCUUCUGAAAAGCAAGAGACUAUCUGUAUUUUUGGAACAGGAGAUUUUGGACGAUCACUGGGAUGUAAAAUGCUUCAGUGUGGUUAUUCUGUGGUUUUUGGAAGUCGAAACCCUCAGAUGUCCAGCCUGCUGCCCAAUGGUGCAGAGGUCUUGAGCUAUGCCGAAGCAGCAGGAAGGUCUGAUAUUAUCAUUCUAACAAUCCAUAGAGAGCAUUAUGAUUUUCUCACAGAACUCGUUGAAGUCCUCAAUGAGAAAGUUUUGGUAGAUGUCAGCAACAACCUCAAGAUCAAUCAGUAUCCAGAAUCUAAUGCAGAGUACCUUGCACAGUUGGUGCCAGGAGCCCAGGUGGUAAAAGCAUUUAACACCAUUUCAGCCUGGGCUCUCCAGUCAGGAGUGAUGGAUGCAAAUCGCCAGGUGUUCAUCUGUGGAAAUGACAACAAAGCCAAACAAAAAGUGGUGGAUAUUGUUCACAAUCUUGGACUGACUCCAUUGGAUCAAGGAUCUCUUAUGGCAGCCAAUGAAAUUGAAAACUACCCCCUGCAACUGUUUCCGAUGUGGAGGUUGCCCUUCUAUUUGUCUGCUGCACUAGGUCUCUUCUUCUUUUUCUACUGUGUCCUAAGAGAUGUUAUCUACCCUUAUGUUAACGAAAAGCAAGAUAAUACAUUUCGCCUGGCUAUUUCCAUUCCAAAUCGUGUCUUUCCGAUAACAGCACUUAUCUUGCUGGCUUUGGUCUACUUUCCUGGUGUUAUGGCUGCCAUUUUGCAGCUCUACAGAGGGACAAAAUACCACCGAUUUCCAGCCUGGCUUGAUCAUUGGUUACUUUGCAGAAAGCAGCUUGGCUUGGUAGCUCUGGGAUUUGCCUUCCUGCAUGUCAUCUACACACUUGUGAUUCCUAUUCGCUAUUAUGUUCGAUGGAUUUCAAGGAACAUCACCAUUGCCCAGAUCAUGAACAAGAAAGAGAAUCCGUUCAUUACCUCUACAGCCUGGCUUAGCGAUUCCUAUGUGUCUCUGGGAAUCCUGGGAUUUUUUCUGUUUGUACUCUUGGGCAUCACUUCCUUGCCAUCAGUUAGCAACACAGUCAACUGGAGAGAAUUCAGAUUUGUCCAGUCCAAACUAGGCUAUUUGACCCUGAUCUUAUGCACAGCUCAUACCCUGGUGUAUGGUGGGAAGAGAUUCCUCAGCCCUUCAAGUCUGAGAUGGGGUCUUCCUUCAGCCUAUGUGUUAGCCCUCAUCCUUCCUUGCAUGGUACUGGUUAUCAAGUUUAUACUCAUCAUACCAUGCAUAGAUAAGGCCCUUACUCGGAUCCGCCAGGGCUGGGAGAGGAACUCAAAAUACUCAAAAUCAGCACUGAAUGGAAGAUCUGAUAUUUAAAGCAACGUUGAACUGUUUUCCCUCACCAUUCUCUGAAGUGUUAUGAAAUGCUGCCUGACUUGGAGAACCUGAUGUGUUGGGAAACAACACUUCUUUUAUUUCAGGUUGGUGAUGAAUCAUAGCAAGUCUGGAGGUCAUGAAGCUGAGAAUGAGAUUAGCACAGUGGUUUCACAUUAAGAAAUUCCUUGAUUGUAGGCAACAUGAAUGAUGUAAUGUCUUACAAACUCCGGGAGGUGGCGGGGUGGGGGGGGGGGGCGAUGUAUCUCACUUCCUUCUAUAACUCAAAAGAAGAGAUACAUGAAAGAGAAAGCACAGUGAUAAACCCAGAUGAAGAUUUUGCUUUCGGCAUGUGUCUGAAGAAGGGGCCUAAAUGAAGUACAAGGAAUGAAAUUUGUUUCUGUCUUUCUUUUCCAAAAGUAAUGGUGAUCCAUAUAUAGUGCCAUAGUGAUUUUAUUCUGUCUUGUUUGUUAAUGGAUUUGGUAGUGGUGGUGGGAUGUUUUGCUUACUUGCUUGCUUUUUCUAAAGUUGAAACUCAAACCCAGGACUUCAUGCAUGGUAGACAAACUAUCACUGCACUGCAUCCCACAUGAUCUGAUGUUUCCUGUGAAUUGAAAUAUUUUAUAACACAACAAAAUUAUCACCGUUGACUGGAAGUUAACCAUGCUUUGAGUAGACCCAAAACUGCCAUGGUAGUAGGAUCUUUUCUCUACAAAAGCUAAGUAUAGAAAAAAAAACUAAGUAUAGAAAAAAUUGAGAAAGGAUAGAAAUAUAUUCAUUCGGGUUUUUUAAGGUGCAACAAGCAGAAAAAGGUUAAUAGAUGGUUUUGCACAUAAAAAUCACAUGGAGUAGAAUUUUAAUUAAUACAUAAAAACUAUAAAGUUUCACUAUAUUAGUCCUGCAUUAUGAAGAUAUUAUGGUAGAUUUCAGAAAUUAUAUAUCCUAAAUAUUGCUCAAUGUUGGUCACCUGUGAAUUUAAUUUCUAGUCUGUUAUAAUUUUUAAGCAGUCAAAUUAAAUGAAUUAUGUGAAAUGUGCAUUUAAACAGUGCAGAGAUGAGUAAGAACUGUGGAAAAUCACAGGGAAGAAAGGUGGGUGACAGUAGGUGCUGUAUAAGACCCACUUUGCUUUCUAAUUGUUGGUGGGAUGUAAAUGGAUUUAACAUUUUGCUGUGCGGGUAGGUCCCUCUCCAAGGUGACCUUCAUCAGGAUUAGCCUUCCUAGCCCAAGCUCGGCGCUAAAAGGAGACUGAAGCACAGUCUUCCCACGUAUCACUGAAAUAACUAAAAGGCAUUAGAUUUGACAUUUUUUCUGCCUAAUCUACAAAGGCCAUAUAUAGUUUCCAUUUUCUCUUUUUUUUACUUUUGUUAUCACAUAUUACACUUGACAUUAUACCAAGUGAUUAAGAUAUGUGAGAACAUCACCCACAAUCCAGCUUAUUUUUCUACACAACUUUUUGAAAAUAGCAGUAUCUGUAUCAUUCUAUUCUAUUUAACUUAUUUUUUCCUUUUUAUUUAUUGAAGGCUUUACUCUCUCACUUACAUGAUAUAUACAUGUAUUUAUUGGCAUUUAACUUCUGCCUUUAUUGAACAUGUAGGAAAUAGCCAUUUUUUUACUAAAACAAACAUUUCAUAUAAUAUCUUUGUACUAAUAAAAUUUUUUGUAUUUGUGAUUUUUUUAUGUAUGGUCAACUUGUUCUAGAGUGGCCUCAUCAAUACCAUUUUUAUUGGAUGAGGGUAUUUGUUUCCUCAUAGAUUAGAAGUUUUGUAAUUUUUCAAAUAAAUAACUGCAUCAGUGCAC